AUGGAGGAGUCAUCCAGCUACAGAAACCCACCAGAGAGAUGUCCCCGUCCUCUGGAUUCCCGGGAUUCCACACAGAAAGAUCACACCUACACAAAACAUGAUCAGAGUGGAAACCUCGAGGACUAUAAUAUUGUUGUUGUUAAAGAAGAGUAUAAUGAGGAGGAUGAGGAGUAUGGUGUGAUGGAGGAGGUUUCACAAGAACACAAGGAUCUCUACAAUGACACUAUGAUGAAGUCACCUAAUACCAGGAACCCACCAGAGAGAUGUCCCCGUCCUCUGUAUUCCCGGGAUUGCACACAGGAAGGUCACACCAUCCCCCACCAUCAUCAGGGUGAAGAUCUAAUCAUCAUAAAAGUUGAGGGUGAAGAAGAAGAGACGUAUGUGAGGGAUGAUCAGCAAUAUACGGAGGAGGAUGGAAUGACGAGGACAUUCAUAGAGGAGGACACUCCUACAGAGAUCAGCACAGGACACGCCAUGGAGAAACCCUCAAAGGAUCGUCUCACUUUAUCUCCAGGUUGUAAAAUGGAAGAUGAGAACAUCACAGGAGAUUGUGGAGGAGAAAAGACAAUGAGCUUCACUAUGGAUGGAGGACUUCACAGUGUGGAGAGACCAUGGAAUCCCUCUGACUCUGAGCAACCUCGUACUGUGAGGGAUGGGGCCGGAAUUCAGGGGAAGAAGAAAUUUUCCUGUCCUGAGUGUGCGGAAAGUUUUAACUCUGAAUUAAGUUUUAAUGUACAUCAGAAAUCCCACAUGGGUGCGAAGCUUCAUUCCUGCCCCGAGUGCGGGAAAUCUUUUCUUCACAAAUCAAAACUCGUCAUGCAUUACAGAACCCACACGGGGGAGAAGCCGUAUUCUUGUCUUGAGUGCGGGAAAGGUUUUGCAAAGAAGUCCAAUCUUGACACACAUCAGAGAUCUCACACAGGGGAGAGGCCGUAUGCCUGCCCUGAGUGCGAAAAAUGUUAUACACGGAAAUCAGAACUUGUUAUACAUGAGAGAACUCACACGGGUGAGAAGCCGUAUUCCUGCCCCGAGUGCGAGAAAAGUUUUUCGCAGAAAUCGGAGCUUGUUAUACAUCAAAGAUCCCACACAGGAGAGAGGCCGUAUUCUUGCACCGAGUGCAGGAAAAGUUUUCCACGGAAAUACGAGCUUGUCAGACAUCAAAGGUCUCACACAGAUCAGAUACAUUUUUGCCCCGAGUGCGGGAAAUGCUUUUCCCAGAAGUUAGAACUUCUUGUACAUCAAACGUCUCACACAGGGGAGAGCAUUUAUUCCUGCUCUGAGUGCGGGAAAUAUUUUUUAAACAAGGACAGUCUUUGCAGACAUCAGAGGUUGCACACGGGUGAGAAUUUGUUUUCCUGCUCGGAGUGCGGGAAAUAUUUUCACGGGAAAUCAGACCUUGUUACACAUCAGAGAUCUCACACGGGGGAGAAGCCGUAUUCCUGUCCCGAGUGCAAGAAACAUUUUUCAUAUAAGUCCAGCCUUAACAGACAUAAGAGGUCCCACAGGGGUGAGAAACCGUAUAUCUGUCCUGAGUGCGGGAAAUGUUAUUCAUGGAAAUCAGAACUUGUUACGCACCAGAGAUCUCACACAGGAGAGAAGCCGCAAGCUUAAUCUAAGUGCGGAAAAUGCUAUACACGGAAGUCCUAUCUUACUGAACAUCAGAUAGACCAAACGUGGUAAAAGCUGUAUUCCUGUACUGAGUGCAGGAAAUGUUUUUCCACGGAAGUCUUGUCUUACCAGACAUCAGGGAACCCACACAUUUCUCAAGAUGUAGGUGUCCCGAGUGCAGGAAAUGGCUCAAUGCCAGCUUGGCAAAGCUGCUGACUUUACAGCUUCUGCCAGUCCAGUUUGUGGAGUCUGCUUUCCAUUUCAUAAUGUUUGGCCUGUGCGGUAUCUCAGUGGUAGGUUCCUGGCUGCCCUUUUUUUUGCCCUUAAGGCCCUUUCUCCCCUCCAACAUGUGGAAGGUAAUGUUUCCAUGUCACUGGACAAUGGGGUCAGCUGCAGGGUCCACAUGAUCCCAGACUAGGGUGACCAGGUAUCCUGGACUGCCGGGACAUUCCCGCAAUGCCCGGGACAGUCCUGCAUUUUGCAGGUCUGUCCCACGUCCCGGGCACCUUCAUUCCGGGACAAUACAGUGUCCCAGAAUGAAACUGACACUGUUAAUUCUUUCCCUUCCCAGGGCAUUCUGCGCCCUGACUGGGCAAAGCUUUGCCCAAUCAGGGCGCAGUAAAAGAUGGUUGUUAAGUAGCAUUGCCGGGAGUCAUCAGCUGUCAAUAGGCUUCCCUGACAGCUGAAUAAUAUGAAAAAAAAAAAAAA